GGCGGUUGAGAAAACAGUCAGCCUCGCUUUGGAGUUUGGACCGUGAGCAGCCGGGUAUUGCAGCUCCCUUGUAGCUUCAGCUUCACCCCGCUGGGUUUUCCGACUCUGCCACCGCUCCCUGACUCGAGGUAAUGGACUAUUAAGGAAUUGUUUUAAGAGGUCCUCAACGAAAACUGAAAAAGCGAGUAUUUGACCUGCCAAUCAUAGAUCAAGAUCUGCAACCUGGUGAGGGAGGCAUCAUUCCUUACUGUGGACACCUCCUUCAUACGGCCAGUAAAUCUGGUCCUUUUCAGUCCUUUUGGCUCUAAGGCGGUCUCCUUCACCUCCCUCUGUUCUUGGAUUAUCUGUUGGAUCCUGGCGACGAGGCUUACCUGCAGGAUAUAAAUGGAGACCUGUGUCCGUUACAUAAGUGGACAACAAGAUGUUCUGAGACGAAUGCCAUGCGGAGGGCCUUGAACAACAAGAACAAGCAGUCUAAAGCGCCGCUGCCCUCAACAUCCAGCACCACCUCCAGAGAAGCAGCCAUGGGCAAACAGAACAGCAAACUCCGUCCUGACGUCAUGCAGGACCUGAUGGAGAACACGGACUUCACCGAGCACGAGAUCACAGAGUGGUACAAGGGCUUCCUGCGGGACUGUCCCAACGGCGCCCUCAACAUGGAAGAGUUCAAGAAGAUCUACGCCAACUUCUUCCCCUAUGGAGACGCCUCAAAGUUCGCCGAGCACGUCUUCCGCACCUUUGACGCCAACGCCGACGGGACUAUAGACUUCAGGGAGUUCAUCAUCGCCCUCAGUGUCACCUCCCGUGGCCGACUCGACCAGAAGCUCAAGUGGGCGUUUAGUAUGUACGACCUGGAUGGGAACGGAUACAUUAGCAAGGCAGAGAUGCUGGAGAUUGUAACGGCCAUUUACAAGAUGGUCUCCUCUGUGAUGAAAAUGCCCGAGGAUGAAUCCACACCUGAGAAACGCACAGAUAAAAUCUUCAGGCAGAUGGACACAAAUCGAGACGGUAAACUGUCUCUGGAGGAGUUUGUGGAGGGAGCAAAGAGCGACCCCUCCAUUGUGCGACUGUUGCAGUGUGAUCCCAGCAGUGCUGGGCAGUAGACUGGACUGAUACGUUAGCACAUGUUCGAAAUUUCUCCCGUUUGACCCACCUGAGACUCUUGAAAUUUAAUACUUUGACCUAUAGAGGCACAUGAACACACACAGACACAUACUGUACUGAAGCCUGACACAUAUAUAUUAUAAAUAAUCUCUCACACCCCCAGAUGCACAGACUGUUCACGGGCCUCUAUGUUUGGUCAAAGGUUCUGCACAAACACGGGUCUAAUCAACGGUACAGAAAUGACUUCAAGGACUGAAAUACCAUCAAAGACUUGUUGAAAUGAAAGAGAUAUCCCUGCCCUGUGUGAGUUCCCAGUCGGCAGGGAUAACGCAGCUGAUCCAUGAGGUACACUGAAGCAAAUCCAAGUUUGUUUUUAUCCUUUUUUUAUUUUUAAAAGCAGAAUUCCCUAUUUAAAAAGAACAAUGCUCGUUUUAUCUGUGUGACUGACAUGGUUGCCGAGUGACGUCAAACAGGUCUUCAUCCAAGUAUCGCUACGUUGCUUACGGUCAACACUGGGGACAAACACGAAGCAUGUCAGAUUGGGACUACGGAGUGGUUGUUUAAACAGACGAUCUGGGGAUUGUUGUUAAAAUGUUGAAUAUUUUUAUGUACUGUAUUAUUUUGAAAGAAAGUUGCGGAAGAACCAAAACAGACUCUUAAGAUUUCUAAAUGAAGUUGAAUUGUCUUGAGCACAGAUUAUAUCUACGUGGUGUUUGGAAAGUGACUCUACAUGCAUAAACUGAGCUGUGAUUGUACAUCUGUACCACCGCAGUUUACAUGUGAAAAGAGGAAAAUAUACAUGAAUAUAUAGUAUGCUAUACAUAUAUUUCACCUUUAAAUUUUCAUGCAUAAAAUUCUGGAAUGUGACGACAGAUGUUUUAAUUUCU